AUGACUGGCCGCAUCAAGGUUGGCAAGGGUCUUGGAAAGGGAGGCGCCAAGCGUCACCGUAAGGUUCUGCGUGAUAACAUCCAGGGAAUCACCAAGCCUGCUAUCCGUCGUCUAGCUCGCCGAGGUGGUGUUAAGUGCAUCUCUUGUCUCAUCUACGAGGAGACUCGUGGGGUGCUCAAGGUGUUCCUUGAGAACGUUAUCAGGGAUGCUGUCACCUAUACCGAGCACGCCAAGCGUAAGACCGUUACUGCCAUGGACGUUGUCUACGCCCUCAAGCGUCAGGGCCGACGGGCUCCUCUGUCAUUGCACAUCCUACAAUCACGUCAAUCUAUGGCACGUACCAAGCAAACGGCUCGCAAGUCCACUGGUGGCAAGGCGCCCCGCAAGCAGCUUGCUACAAAGGCAGCUCGCAAGUCUGCUCCAGCCACUGGAGGUGUCAAGAAACCCCACCGUUACAGGCCUGGAACCGUUGCUCUCCGUGAGAUCCGCCGUUAUCAGAAGAGCACUGAGCUGCUUAUCAGGAAACUGCCUUUCCAGCGCCUGGUGCGUGAAAUUGCUCAGGAUUUCAAGACUGACCUCCGCUUCCAGUCCUCUGCUGUCAUGGCUCUCCAGGAAGCUUCCGAGGCUUACCUCGUGGGUCUGUUUGAGGAUACCAACCUGUCAGCUCUCAUCACCAUGACUGGCCGCAUCAAGGGAGGCAAGGGUCUUGGAAAGGGAGGCGCCAAGCGUCACCGUAAGGUUCUGCGUGAUAACAUCCAGGGAAUCACCAAGCCUGCUAUCCGUCGUCUAGCUCGCCGAGGUGGUGUUAAGCGCAUCUCUUGUCUCAUCUACGAGGAGACUCGUGGGGUGCUUAAGGUGUUCCUUGAGAACGUUAUCAGGGAUGCUGUCACCUAUACCGAGCACGCCAAGCGUAAGACCGUUACUGCCAUGGACGUUGUCUACGCCCUCAAGCAUCAGGGCCGUACCCUGUACGGAUUUGGUGGUUAA